GCGGGGCAGUGGCUGAGCGAUGUUUCCCAGUCGGGUUUAGAGCAGUUGGGUCUAAUUUCCGCUCGGUGGUGGCCGUCUAGAUAAAGUAGCCCUCAACUUUUCUCCGCCAACAACCGUCGUCAUGUCCAACAACAACGCCAGCAACAACUUAAUCAUCGCACAGCGGACCGUGAAGCAGCUCCGGUUAGAGGCCAGCAUCCGGAGGAUCAAGGUGUCCCAGGCCGCUGCUGAGCUGAGGAACUUCUGUCUGCAGAAUGCCUCCAGAGACCCCCUCCUGGUCGGGGUCCCCUCCAGUGAUAAUCCCUUCAGACCCCCUAAAUCCUGCUCUCUGUUCUGAGAAGGAAAGGUGGAGGAUUCCUGAAUUUACCCGGCGAAGGCUCUCUUCAUUUCUACUCGAUGUCGCUGUAGGUCGACCAGCAGCUCCUCUUGGGAUGAUGCAACAUGGGACUGAUGGGUUCGGGGGAGGGAACUGCUCCAGUUGUUUGCCAAAUGUAAUAGUAUCAUAAGUCCUAUCAAUUUCAUUUAAAACGGGGCCAAAUUCUAAAUGUUAUCUAAAAAAAAAAUGUAUCGACACUAACUUGACUAAUGAUUAAGCCGUUCUUGGUUUACCUAGUACUAAACAUGUCUUUGUAAUUUUCCUGACCAAAUGGUGCCCGUCUCCUGUCAGUGAAAUUCCACCCAUGUCAUUGGCUACUGAAAAUGCAAAUUCCUCUUUUGUUUUGUAUGGCAGGUCAAACAUUAAUUUAAACCAGGUGCUGUUCAAGAAUCAGAACAUGUUCUGUUAUAUUUAUAUACACUAUAUUUUAUUGUGUGCCAACAGAUAAAGUGGUAGCUAUUGAGCUAAAUUGAUUGGUGUCUUCAACUAAGGUACAGCAACAUGGUACUCUUUAUCAUAUCACUGCAGGGCAUUUGUCCUUUCAUCGCUAUUCUGUAUAUAUUUAACAUUUUAACUUUUAGGGUUUCUAUUGUUAGCCUCUAUGUUUCUGCCUCUAAUUUAAAAACACAUGCCUUACAAAUGUUUGGAUAGGGAAACCUGGAGCAUAUUUCAUGUAAAUCACUUUUAAUAUAUAAAUGGCCAAACAGCCAAUGUUAAUAUAUCUGCUCAAGACUUACAAAGUGUUUGUAUUGAAUGAAUCAUGCUUCAGUGACUUGUUGCAUUGAUCGUUCUCCACACUGGAAUCGUAUUCCAAUUAACCAAAACUUUUGACAUCGUUAAUCUUUUCUAACUUUGCUGCUGUCGGCAACCUUUUCAAAAUUAAACUUUUCGGACACUGA